UGUUCUCGGUUCAGAUGGAGGAAGUUGACUAAACAGAAAAAGUGCAAACACAAAGAGGAACCUAUGACAAAUGCUGAGCUGAGACAUCAGGACAUGGUAACAUAAAGCAAGGGUGAAGACAUCCUGUAUGCGCUGACUGAGUAUCAUGGAGUUGACGUUUCUCAUUUUGGUCUUUUUUGUAAAAGAGCUGUGGGAAACUGAAGCCGUGUCAGUAACAGGAGAAGUGGAAGACGAGGUCACAGUAACCUGUUCUCAUUCCAAUGCUUUUUACAACAUCAAGUAUUUCUGCAAGGGAGAUUGUGGAAAUGAAAAAGAUGUCCUGAUUAGUACCAGAGAAAAGAGUAGUUCUGAUGGUAAAUAUAGCAUCAGGGAUGAAGGAAACACAUUCUACGUGACCAUCCAUCGACUGACAAUGGACGACUCAGGAAUCUAUUGGUGUGGAAUAGAAAGAUAUGGUGUGGACACAUACAAUGAGGUUGUCCUUGAAGUCAAAGAGGGAAACAAAAAUAAUGCAGGUCAGGCAAAUGCUACAUCCUCUGAGUGGCUGGUGUCCGUCAGAACAGCGGUUGGACUGGCUGUGCUCUUUCUGGUGAUGACAGUCCUUCUAGCACUUGCAAGACGUGGAAGACGACACAUCCAAAGCUGCUCUGGAAAGGACCACGACACAAACCGGUCCAGUCAGAAACAAGUACACGCCUUCACCGCUUCAACAGCCAAAGAGGAUGAAGAUGCAGAUGACAGGUGUAAAACCAACAGAGGUCACACAGACAAUGUUUACGCCAACGUCACGGCGUCAUCAGCGGUUCCGAUCCGACCAGAGGGCCUUCUAUACAGCACGGUCAGCUUUGGGACGCACACAGCCUGCAGCCCUGCCACACCUCCACCUGCUGUCAUUUACUCCACCAUCACCCACUGAUCUCACCUCUGUGCUUUCAUUUGAAACCUAAAGUAGCGGAAGGUGAAAAAAUAAAGCAGUGGAAGUCAGAAAUAUUUCUGUGCUGCUGAUUAUUGUAUUCUGAAUUAGAUUUUCUUGCAUUAAUAAUUAAUUUAUUUCUAUGUAACCAAUAUUAUGAAAUUGAGAAAAAAUUAUUUAUGUUUAUUUAUGUUAUGUUUGUCCUGUCGGUUCUUGGCUGUACUGUGAUAAAUUAUUACAUUAUAAAAUAAAUAUAUAUUAUAACAUUU